AUGUCAAUCAAAAACGUCGUUCUGGUAGGUGCCGACGGCAACCUUGGACCAGGAGUGCUCAAUGGUCUGGUCGGGACAGGAGCUUUCAAUGUCACAGUCUUCAAGCGAAAGUCCUCGAAAUCAAAGUCCAACUAUCCGGAGGGUGUUCAAGUCAAGCUAUUGUCGGACGACUUUCCGAUCGAAGAACUGGUACCCGCUCUUAAGGAUCAGGAUGCCAUAGUCAGUACCGUCUAUGGUGCACAAGUGGACUUGCAGAAGCGUCUCGCCGACGCAGCUAUCAAAGCUGGCGUGAAGCGUUUCAUUCCUUCAGACUUUGGAAGCUGCGACUCGCAGAGCAAGAGAGCUAUGGAACUCGCGCCCAUCUAUGUCGCCAAGUCACAAGUGCGCGACUACCUUGAGAAGCUAGCUCAAGAGAACCCUGGGUUCAGCUGGACAAGUCUUGUAUGUGGACACUUCUUCGAUUGGGACCUCGGAUUUUUCCACAUCAACCUUCAAGCCAGAAGCUUCGAGAUCCUUGAUGAUGGCGAGGUCUACUGGAGCACCAGUACAUUCGCGCAGAUCGGCAAAGCUACUAGUGCCAUACUGCAGAAGCCGGAGGAAACAAAGAACCGCUUCGUCUACAUCCAAAGCUUCCGCAUCAAUCAGAAACAGCUCUUGAAAGCAUUUGAGAAGGAAACCGGUCAGUCAUGGAACGUCAAAAAGUACGACUCGUCGGAGUAUGUGAAAGAACGCAAGGCAAAAGCAGACGGUGGUGACAAGUCAGCCGUAGAAGAUCUGGUCUGGGUUCUGGGCACGCUGGAAGCUGACUGGGAGGCUCGUGAUGGAUACGCCAAUGACCUGCUUGGACUGCAGCAAGAAGAUCUCGACGAAGUGGUCGCAAGAAUCGUCAAAAGCAAUUAG